UUGGAUAGAAUGUCAAGUAACUAUGACUUGUCUAUACUAAGUUGACUGUCAGGAAGUCAGGAAUUUCGUCAAACUUGUCUUUAUUUGACUCAUUCCGUUACAAAACGUGCGAUUCCGAAUGUUUAAGCUUCAAAAUUUACUGUGUUAAAUGCCGAGACAAAAUUAAAAGUUGAAAUAAUCGGUUAUUGGUCUGAUUGAAGAGAGCAACUUUGUAAAAGCAUUACAUAUAAUGUUGUCAGGAAUAAUAAUAAUAUAACAUUGGUGAUAAUUCUUUAAUGUUGAUAAAUAUCAAGGACUGGAAACUUGGAAACGCAAGGAUAUAAUCAAGCUAAGAGACAGAAAUGUUACAUCCAUGUCUUGCAAUCUUUGUGAUACUUGUGAGCUUUGAUAUCCGACAUGAGUGCGUUACGUUUGGAAAAUUAAGUGGACCGGGUCAGUACUUAAGUUUCAAAUACGUGCGCAGAAUCAAUGAUGAGGUUCAUAAAGGAUUAUCUCAUUCAAGGUUACAAAAAUCUACUCCACGAAAUUUACAAAACUCUAAUCCACGAUAUUUUCAAAUCUCUACAACUCCUCCUACUCCACGAAAUUUACAAAGUGUUACUACAAUGAAUCCUCGAAGAAACUUUCCUGCUCGAAAUAAUGGAAAUACACGAAAUUAUGGACAUGCACGAAAUGAUGGAAAUGCACGAAAUCAUGACAAUGCACGAAAUAAUGGAAAUGUACGAAAUCAUGACAAUGCACGAAAUCAUGGAAAUGCACAAAAUCAUGGAAAUGUACGAAAUCAUGGAAAUACUCGAAAUCAUGCAAAUGCUCGAAAUCAUGGAAAUGCACGAAAAAUGUUUGUGUUUCCAGCGAAUCCGACAUACACAAAAGAAGUAAAAUCAUAUUACAAAGACCUGAUUUACCCGCAGCAAACACAUCAGUCAAAACUGCUUGGUAUUUUUAUACGUCAGAAGAGUGCGUCAUUGCCUGGUAAACAAAAUGGAAGUUCAUCUACAGCAGAAUUAUUCGGAAGAAGAUUUUCGUCUCCUAUGUUAUUUGUAGGAAAAGACCCCUUUACGGCUAUAUCAAAUGGAGUACCUAUUUCCAAUCUUCCAGUAGACGAAUCUCCUCAAAAGACGAAUGAAACUGCUCCGACUAGGGAAGAGAUUGAACAAAUACUAGAAUCGUUUGGGCAGUUAGAUUUAUUACAUCAAUUUCCAAAGGUUACAAAACAUAUGUUUAACAUCACAACCAAAGGCCAGUUAGAUAUGAUUGGUAGUCUUGCAAGUCAUAAUAACUUGAAAAUUUUAAUUGAGCAACCUGCCAGUUUUGUCAUCGUUCUAAGAGCUGAAGGUACACCAAGUCAAAUAUUGACACUAGAGACCUUAAUGACAACCAGCUGGAUUUCGGAGGUUGCUGAAUCACCGGAGGUAAUGGAACAAGCGCUCAACGCAAGUAAAAAUCCUGUAAUUGCGGAAUUUAUACAGAAACUAUCCACAACCGAUUUAUUGGAAGAAUUCGUUGAUUAUCCUGUUGCUUUCAAAAUGAUUACCGAUACAGUGCUGACUGAUUUUCAAAAAGACGCUAUUGUUACUUUGGGAUUAGGUGAUAUGCUACAAGAUCUUAUUGAAUCACCACCAAUAUUUAAUCAAGUUUUAGAAUACGUUACAAAUGGAAAUCGGAUACAACUUAUCGUUGCUCUAUCACAUUCUGGCGAUAUUAAUCAUUUAGUUGCUAGUCCGCACUUAAUGACACUCAUUCUAACUAAUGCUGUACUGCAACCACAAAUAGACGUUCUCGUAACAUUAUCGAGAGUAGACUUGAUACAGGACCUUCUUCUUGUACCGGAAGUUUUAGAGCAAAUUUUACAAUACAGUAAUACUACUGCUAAUGGGAAGUUUAUUGAAACUUUAGCUCAAACUGGGCAACUAGACCGAGUGUUAACUGACCCAACGCUUUUGUCAGUUGUAUUGAAACCGUAACAAGCGUUUUCAGUGGGAAAAAAGAUUCAAACUAUUACUUUUCAUUAUUUAUGUUAAGAGGUGUGAUUGCGAUAUGCAUUACAAGGGUUUCACAUUUUACAGUCAAAUAAACACACCAUUUUGCCUGCGUAUUCUAUUUAUUGAUACACAAUUUUGUCUGUGUUUGUUUUUCAAUAUUACAUUUGAGUGAUUACAAUUCGCCUUUUCAGAAUAAAGAAAAAGGACUAUGGGUAGUCUUAUUGGUCGAACUCCAAAAUGAAAAAAAACUUUACUUCAUUGAUUAAAUUUCCAAUAUUUAGAUUGUUUUUACCAAUUACAACAUUUGGGUGUACGCUGUUGAAAAGAUUACCCAGAAUACAUUAGAUUCUGCAACUGCAAAUUGCUUUCUACGGUUUUUUCUUUCUUCGUUUCUCAUAUUGUUUUUUUUAAUUUACACAAAAAAUUGUUUGAACAAGAAAUUGUUUUGACGAUUGUUUUUAACAAACUUAGUACAUAGAAGUGGAAAGCCAGUUGAAAAAAAUUAACAAAUAACCAGACAAAACAUUAAAAUAUAUUACAUUUUUUUCCAAAUAUUUAAACAUCGAAAUAGAGAAUUAUAAUCUCACUAUAAUAAUAGUUGAAGAAAAGCUUUGUUUCGUUUUUUUUAUUGUGUUUUUGUUUUUGUUCCAUUUUGUUUCUUGUGUCUAUUUAUCAAAAUAUUUUGUUUUUAGUUUUA